AUGGUGGAUUAUUACAAAGUCCUUGGACUGCAAAAAAGUGCCUCACAGGAUGAUGUUAAGAAAUCCUACCACAAACUGGCACUGAAAUGGCAUCCUGAUAAGAAUCCCAGCAACAGGGAAGAAGCUGAAAAGAAAUUCAAAGCAGUUGGUGAGGCAUACAAGGUUUUGCCUGACCCUCAGAAAUGAUUGCUCUAUGACAGGUCUGUUAAAAAGAGCAGAUCCCACAGAGAAAGAAGUGCCACAGCGGGUCAUGAAAGUUCCUUUGAUUCCCCCUAUGUAUUCCAUGACUUCAAGGAGAUCUUUAGAGGGAUGGAUCCCUUUGUACAUGUUUUCUGGGACCCCUUCGGCAACAUCAGAAACAAUGGCGAGAACUGGCACAGGACAAUUGGAAGAGGAAGAAGCUCCAGCCUGUUUUCUGACUUUAUGGAGUCAUUUAUGCCACGGAAUUUGUUCAGCCCCAGCAAGCAGCCCACCUCCUCCUUUGCUGAGGGCACAGCUGGGCUGCACGGUGUCAGAUCAGCGUUAACUAUUACUGAAGCGAUCAAUGGCAAGAGGAUCACCAUCGGGAAAAUCAUUGAGAACAGGCAGGAGAGAAUAGGUAUGGAAGAAGACGGCCAGAUGAGGUCUGUGACAAUAAAUGGGAGAGACCACCUGAAGAUAUAA